AUGUGCGGCAGCGUGAAGCUAGUCGCGAAACGCUACGUGCCCAAUGGUGCGGUCCCUGCGGGUUUGACUCUGCUCUUUACUCACUGCACCGGAUCACACAAGGAGUCCUGGGAGGUCGUCAUCGCUGAGCUACUUCAGCUCAAAGACUCUGCGUUCAACGCGCCCGUCGUGCGCGAGGCGUGGUCCGUCGACUGGCAGAGCCAUGGCGAAGCUGCGACUGUGAACGAGAACAUUCUGAAGAUCGACACUGAGGGCCUUUCUGUAACAGAGUAUGCCGCCGGUCUCCGUGCCCUUGUUUGUUCAGAGCACCUCUCUGGACACCAACUCGUAGCCAUCGGACACUCUGCGGGAGUGACUGCCAUACUGCUUUCUACGCUCUCAUUGCCAUCCGACAAGACGCCCUAUCGCGCUGUUGUUUUCAUGGAGCCCUCCCUUGUCACGCGCGACGCGUUCAACAAGCACGGCGUCAACAGGAAGGCAGCACUGGAGAUGAUGUACAAGGCUAUGGAAGCGCGCAAGGAUACGUGGAACAGCCGCGAGGAGGCCCUUGCGUACUUCAAGGAGCGCCUCCCUUGGAAGAUGUGGGAUCCACGGAUCCUCGAGUUACUUGCGCGCCAUGGCCUCAAGGAAGUCCGUGGGCGGGAGAACGGCGAGGAUGUGACCAAAGUCAGUUUGGCGUGUACGACAUUGCAAGAGAAGAAGGCCUUCGCGGACACCGAACCGCACUUCACCGCGACCGAGCGAAUUGGCACGCUCGAUCCCCAAAUCGAGGUACAUUGCAUUCUCGGCGAACGAUCAGACGUGGUCCCGAAGUACUGCCACGACUCCAUUUUAGAGCUACGCAAAGUCACGUCCAUACAGUAUGUUCAGCGAGCCGGGCAUUUUGCCCUACAAGAGAACCCGGAUGGUCUAGCAGCGUGCAUUGCAAAUGUCUUGAGAAGUCUUGCUAGCGCGCGCUCAAAACUAUAA